UUAAAACGUUUGUUGAUGGUUUGUAUUUGUUGCAGGGAAGAAGUGCGCAACCACGCGGUGCGGUGGAACGCGCAGUUCUCGUUCGUGUGCAAGAUGUGCGCGAACGCCAACACCGGCGUGCUGGAGCCGGCGCUUAUGCGCGUCUCCGUACGCAAGGAGUGUAAAGGCGGUCGGUCGUACCAGAAGCUGGGCUUCUGCGACGUGAACCUGGCGGAGCUGGCGGGCGCGGGCGAGGCCACGCGGCGCUGCCUGCUGGAGGGCUACGACCUGCGCCGGCGCCAGGACAACUCCGUGCUGCGCCUGCGCAUCAAGAUGAACAUGAUCUCCGGCGACCCGCUCUUCAAAGUGCCCGAGAGGAAGCAGGAGGUGGUGGAGCCGAAGCAGGACAGCGGGUCGGAGAGCGCGGCGCCCGACGACGACGCUGCAUCGUCCACCGCCUCGUCCGGCUUCGGCUCGCUCACUAAGAAGACCGCAGGCGAAGGCGGGCACUCGGCGCCGCUGUCGUCGCUGCCGUCGUGCGAGCUUCCCUCCCCCGACGCCGACGACUCACCCGUCGCCGCGCCCGACUUGCCGGCGAGCGCGGCGUUAGCAUUGGCGGGUUCGGGCGCGGUAGCGGGCGCGGGCGCGGCGCCGUGCGCGUCGUGCGCGCACACGCACUCGCGCAACUCCUCCAACACCUCCGGCGACAUGAGCAGCAAGGCGUCAGGCUACGGCAGCUCCGCGUCGGGUGCGUCGGCGCACUCGCGGCAGAGCUCCGAGGGCGAGCCCGACGCGCGCCCGCACCACAACAGCGUGCGAAUCGAGCGCACCACCGUCGUCACCACCACCUCCCUCUUCAUGCCCUCCCCCCCGAGCGGGCCCUCGGACGCGUCCGACGUGUUCCUCACGCCGAAUUGCACGCUCGUGCCGGACGUCGUGCCUCGUCCGGAACCCUGCUCGCCCGCUUCGGACGAGUAUCGCACGCCAGACGCUACGCUCGUGCCCACGAUGCCCACAUACUUCGACCGCAAGCGAGCGCCGGCGCCGCCCACGCCCGCCGCCGAACCUCUCACAAACUUCCACAUCCUCAAGCAAAAGUCGCUGAACACGAUCCCGGCGCUGCUCGAGCGCUGCCGCAAGAACGAGGAGCUAUUCAACAACUUCCCGUUCCUGACGCCGCUCGCGCACCGCAAAAGCUCGCUGGCCAUGGCCGCCAGCCGGCUGUCGGGCUGCCUCGAGGACGAGCUGUCGCUGGACGGCUGGGGCUCCGCCGAGGACCUGCGCGCGCGCCUGCGGCCCGCCGCUUCCACGCCGCACGCGCCCGCGCGACACAGCUACACCGCCCACGCCAGGAACCCGUCAUCGGGCUCGCUGUCGGCGUCUGCGUCGGCGUCGGAGGGCGGGUCGCUGGAGCGAGCGCGCGCGGCCCGCGAGCGCCGCCUGCGGCCCGCGCACCAGGCGCCGCUCGCGGGCCCCGCGCCGCCGCCGCCGCCGCAGCCGCUGCCGCCCGACGACGCGCAGCACACGGCGUCGUGUCGCGUGGAGAACACGCGCGUGAACCCCGACUCGCUCAUCGACGAGCUGCUCGCCGCCACCGACCUCAAGCACGCCGUCGACGACGCCGCUGAGACGUCGGGGCUGCAGCUGUUCAUCUCGCGCGACGGCACGGCGGAGCUGGGCUCGCGCCAGCGCCAGCAGCUCGCGCGCCGCGACUACCAGCGCGUCGUGCUGCACCCGCACGACAACAGGUAGCCAACGGCGUGAGAGUAGGCAGCGGCCCCCCGCGGCGCAGCUCGCUCGGCGACGAAACAAUGCAUAUUUAUUGUUUUUAUUAUAUAAAUUAUGCCAUACAUUGUUUUACAAUUUGUAACUUAAUAAUGUUGAUUAUUAUUAUUAUUCACUAGCGAUUCUUUAGGAACGGUUGUGCUCGUGCAAUCGGUUUUGUAUGAUUUACAAUGUUUUUAUUUAUAAUGUAAGUAGGAAACUUUUCAAUUGUAAUAACGACCUACACGACGACUGAAUGUUCCUAUAUUUUGCGUAGCGUCAGUGCUUCCUCCUGUCUCUCGCCGCGGCCGCAGCGGGCGAGCGUGUUGCUGUAUUAUAUUAUUUAUUGUAGGUUAAGUUGAUAUCUUUCUAAACGAACGAUAUGUAUGAAUGCAACACGCGCGCCCCGCGAAGCGACCGCGGCCUUACGAUGCUUAUGAAACGUCUUACCUCUCGCUCUCACCCGGUACUUCCAGUAUAUCGAUAUAAUUAGCGCGACACUUGGCAUCAGAGUACCUCUACUAUCGUUUAUUUCCCGCCGCUCUAGUGCGACGCCUAGAUUCUUUCCGUUACAUUAGAAAUAAUUCGCAAUGAAGUGCUCACAAACUGGUGCUAAGCCGGCGCCCGCGAGGGCCCGGGCGUUGUAUAUGUCCACGUCUUCGGCUCCACGCGACAGUCUAACGUUAGAUAACAGAUACUUCCCGAGUCCCUCCAUAAUUAUGUUUUCCGCGAGAUUUACGUAACAGUUCCGCGUGGUGCCAAAAGAGGGCGCGUUGUCGCUCGGAGUGUAGGUGUUCAAAGUGGGGGUAAAUCUAAGUCAUUCCUUUGCGUUUGGUAGCUUGAGCGCGUGGCUUGCCGUUGACCGACCUGUAUACCGAUAGGCGCAUGAGAGGGGCGCGCGGCCGCCACUCGGCGACAUAGCGGUGCUGCCAUCUUUGGGCCUACGGAUUUUAACUGAAAUGUAAGUGAUCGAUAGAGAUCAUCAAAGAAACUGACCAGUCGAAUCGGCAUAUGUUAUAUUGGUAUAUCCGUGAGCACAACGAUUGCGCCACCGACCUGUGUCGGUUGGUGGUGCCCCGCUGGCUCGCCGGCGCCCCUGUGGACGCUGUGAUAUCGUAGCUAGUUGUAGGAACUUAUGAUACUCGGCGAGCGAACUCGGCACGCGUUGUUAUUGUAUCAUAUGUCUAUGUAUACAGCCUGUACAGUAUUUGAAUAAAGGACGUGUUUAGAACUAAAA